UGCGUGUCUAGCUAACCUUUCCCACUUUCCUCCACUUUUCAGAAAUCCAAAAACAAUUCAAAUAUUGCUAAUAAUACUCCAAAACCAACCCAUUAAUCAACUGAAUCACACAAAGAAUGGCUAUCAAUAACAAACCCAAAAAACCCCAUUAUUUCUCUUCUUCUCAUUACUUUUUCUUCUUCAUUCUUCUGUUCAUUAUCCCUUUCCUUUUCCUUCUCCAUACACAACCAUGCACCAUUUGCACUUCCCUUUCUGGCCAACAUCCCACCCCUUGGUCCGGCGAUCUACGCACUGCCCAGUUUGCAUGGAAUCGAAUUCCCUUUAUUGAUGAUAAACCUCCGUUGCUCAAGCUCAAAAUCGCAGUUUUCUCUCGCAAAUGGCCUAUCGGCACAACCCCUGGUGGCAUGGAACGCCAUGCGUAUACUCUACAUACAGCUCUUUCUCGCAGAGGCCAUCAAGUUCAUGUUUUCACCUCCCCUAUAGAGAAAGGCAACCCUUUAUCUUUAUCUCGUAACGGUGUGCAAAUUCACUGCCAUGAAGGCGAGCCUGGUAAGUGGAGAUAUAACAAAGCAUGGGAAUUAUUUAAUGAAGAAAACAAACGCAGACCUUUUGAUGUUGUUCAUUCUGAAAGCGUGGCUCUUCCUCAUUGGGUUGCUCGCGGAGUUCCAAAUCUUGCAGUUUCUUGGCAUGGAAUCGCCUUUGAAAGCUUGCAAUCUGAUAUUUAUCAAGAUUUAACGAGAAAAGUAGACGAACCUAUUUCUCCGGCUGCUAAUGCAACUAUGCAAGGAGGUGUGCUUAAAGUGGUUAAUGAGAUAAGAUUCUUCAAGAAUUAUGCAAAUCAUGUUGCUAUAAGUGAUAGUUGUGGAGAAAUGCUAAGAGAUGUUUACCAAAUUCCAAGUAAAAGAGUACAUGUGAUAGUGAAUGGUGUAGAUGAGGAUGAUUUUAGACAAGAUUUCAGAUUAGGGCAUGAAUUUAGGACUAAAAUUAGAGUUCCUUCUAAUGCAACUUUAGUUCUUGGAGUUGCAGGAAGACUUGUAAAGGAUAAAGGCCAUCCUUUAUUACAUGAAGCUUUUUCUAUGCUUAAAGAAAAAUACCCAAAUGUAUAUUUGAUAGUUGCAGGUUCAGGACCAUGGCAACAAAGAUAUAAAGAUUUAGGGGCACAAGUAAUAGUUUUAGGGUCUCUGAGUCCAUCAGAAUUAAGGGCAUUUUAUAAUUCAAUUGAUAUAUUUGUCAAUCCAACACUUAGACCACAAGGGCUUGAUCUUACUCUAAUGGAGGCAAUGAUGAGUGGAAAGGCAGUAAUGGCAUCAAGAUUUCCUAGUAUAAAAGGAACUAUUGUUGUUGAUGAUGAGUUUGGUUAUAUGUUUUCUCCAAAUGUGGAGUCCUUGCUUGAGACACUGGAAAUGGCAGCGAGGGAAGGUUCUACGAGAUUGGCACAGAGAGGAAAAGCUUGCAGAGAAUAUGCACUUUCUAUGUUUACCGCAAGAAAAAUGGCAUUGGCUUAUGAAAGGUUGUUUCUUUGUAUCAAGAAUGAGACAUUCUGUACCUACCCUUAAUACUUUUUAUUCUUUUUGUUUUUUUUUUUAAAUUAUUAUUUUUCAUCAUUCUGUACCUACCCUUAAUAAUUUUUUUCUCAUCUCGGAAACAAUUAUUAUUGUUUUUAACAUAAUUGAUCUCAAAACUUAAUUGUUAGCCUCAGUAACAAAUUCC